ACAGACAUCAGGUCAAUCGCACGUCGCAUGAUGGUGCUUUUAGUCGUAAUAAAUGUGUUGUUAGUAUUUACAGUCAGUACAAACGCUAUUUACUUUGUGAAAGACUCUCAAAGAGCCCAGAGCAGUCGUUUUGAAAAACUUAUUCAUAAAUGCUGCUCCACCGACCGUUAUGUGGGGAAGAAGAGAAUUUGUGUGGACUACAACGAAACGCUAACCUUUUCCAACAUCAAAGUAUAUGACAAAGCAUUAAACAGUACAGGGAAGUCACUUCAAGAGGUUUUCAGUCUGAUCACGAAGAAAUUUGAAGAUGAAGCCUUUAGAAAAAACGCACUGGAUGUUACUUUAUUGAAUUUUAACAUUUAUCUGACUGAGAGCGGUGUCCUUACACUGGAGGUUCCAAACGCAUACAAUCGCUGGUUUGCAGUACCACAAGGCAACUACUGCGUUGACUAUCAUGUGGCAGACCCCGGUGGAAUCACUCCUAGAUUCUGGGCAAUCCUGCCUAACGAAGAAUUCAUUGAAAGUAGUCUUUACACGACAUGCGCUACCUUCAUUUCUUGUUUCUGUUUGCUAUUGGUGCUGAUAGUCUACAUCUUACUACCAGAGCUCCAUAACGUGGUCGGGAAAAUAGUAAUGGCGACUGUCGGUAACCUGUUUAUAGCCUUUCUUCUGAUGUCUAUCAUUCAAAUAAAUAAGCUCACCGAAGGAUCUUGUAUUCGAUACACUAUGUCCAUCUACUUCUUCCUCUUGGCGUCUUUCUUCUGGAUCAAUGUCUUAUCCUUCGACAUAUGUAGAACAUUUUGGAAUAUUAAAAGCGCUCUAAUUCGGCGGAAAGAAGAUCCUAUCUACUUCGUGAUUUACUGCAUAUAUGCUUGGGGAGUGCCGCUUCUUAUGACAAUCGGUCUAGGAGUCCUGAACACAGCUGACAUGCGAGACCGGCCCUGGUUCGUCACACCACGGAUACCAGAGUAUGGCUGCUUCCUGCAAGGUGGUGUCAAACUACUGUACUUGUAUUUGCCGAUGCUGAUCCUGACCGGUUUCAACUGGAUAUUUUACUUAAUAACCGUCUACAAUAUUUAUAUGGUUAGAAGAGCUGUUUCGGGAGCCUAUACCAACAAGGGAGACAGCAACGUCGCACUUUUCCGAAAAUUAUCGAUUUUAAUGGGUUUAAACUGGGUGCUGGAGUUUGUAAAUUACAUGUACCCAAGCUUAAAGUUGUGGUACCUAUCUGACACCUACAACCUCCUUAUAGGAUUGGCGUUAUUUAUAAUUUUUGUUUGUAAGAAGAGGAUAUUUAGUCAGCUGGUUGAUCUGUACUGGACGGAUAAGUAUUAUACUUGCCCAGCAUUUUUAAGGUUUUCGAGUAGACGAAUAACCACCAAUAUCGCCUUGCGGACAAUUAGAUCGUUUUAAUAAAAUUUCAACCUAUUCUGAUGACGACGGCGGGCAGAGAAGGAAUACGGGCUACUCACGACCAGGGAACACCCUGGUGUUCAUGGAAUUCUGGAUGUUCUUAUUAGGAAAAAACAACUUGUCGUAGCAAGUUAUCUAACAAAUUCCAGAAGAUGUUUUCUUUGUUUUUUGCAUCGUAAGCCUUGUUCUUACGAUGCAAUACCAAUGUUAUGACUUAUACAAAAUAAAUCUUACUAAAUAAAGAUGUAUUUUUAAGAUUUAUAAAGUAUACCAGGUUGUAGUUACUUAAGUCAAAGGUUUUUAUUUCAUAUAAAAAACGUCAAUAGCUAGGUGCACGGUUCCAAAGAGUCUUGUGUAAAAAGAAACUGUAAAACAUAA